CAUACUUCUCUCACAGAAUUUCACUUUCGGUACAAGCCGACUUCAACCACCCACCACAACUCUUUACAUUCCACUCAAGCGACAACUACCACAAAUUGCCGUUCACCAUGCCACGCCUUCCUACUAUCCGCCUCCCUACCAUCCUCAACAGCGUUGCGUUGACCUUAUCUCUUACGCUAAUCGCCCUCUCCACUGCUAUCUUCUAUCUUACGGGCCAUGGCAUGCAGCUGAUGGACAACGCAUAUCCACCAGGCAGAUAUACAUGGUAUCGGGGCCCAAGCUGGGAUAUGGAUUCAAAGCACACGGUUCUUCUUCAAUAUGACUCCGCAAACGAAGGCAUGAUUCUUGCGGCAGGCGUUGUGAGUUGCUUGGCCGGGCUGGUUGGAAUGGGUGGCGCGGUGGCCAUUUUCCUUACUCAAGAGAAGUCUAAAGCCACCUCCCAAAAGCUCAUCCUCUCCCUCCGCAUCCUCCCAGGAGCCUUGACCUUUAUCAUUACCUUCAUCGCACUCAUCUUCACCACUGUUAUAUUCUUCAACAACAACAAUGGUAACUGCUUCUGGGAGGAUGGAUACAACCCAAAGACCACAUUCACCUGCACACGGGAGCAGGCAGCUUGCAAUAUCGGAACAUACUUUCAAAACUCACCUUGGUGGGCUCUUCAGGGCGCGUGUGGCCAGACACAGACCGGACGGCACUUGGUAGCACCGCUUUUCGUGGCGAGCGUGUUGAUGUUUGGCUUAGGUGUUGCGACCUUUGUGAUGGGUAAAAAGGGACAGAACGAGUAUGUUGAGAGUCCUGAUGAGAGAGUCGAGAGGCUGCAGAGGGGUGAGUAGCAAGUGGUAGCUAGGAGGGAAAACAACGGAUCUGAAAGUGUUCGGUGACAUGGAACAUUAGCGAUCUGCGAUAGUGGAGGGAGAUGGAAAUGUAGUGGUUCGGUUGUAUUCGGUGUUGUUGGAAACGUGCUGAGUUAUGUAUGGAAGGCUGAACUUGUAUGAUUUACGAUUAUAUAGCAUUAAUGUACGCU